AUGGUGACUGCGUCACUACCUCCAUCAAUAUUGAACGCAAGUAGCACCUUCACAGCAGCAGAGAAAACCAAUGAGACUGAUCUUUCUGAGCUUUUCCACUGGGAAGACUAUGCGGUUCUCGCGGCUAUGCUCUUUGUUUCUUGUGCAAUUGGCGUAUUUUAUGGCUAUUGUGGGGAAAAACAAACGACGGGAGAUGAUUUUCUCUUAGGUGGUUCGUCUAUGGGGACGUUUCCUAUGGCUUUAAGUUUAGCAGCAAGUUUCAUAACAGCUAUAGAAUUAUUGGGAAACCCAGCUGAGAUGUACAUGUCGGGAGCACAAUUUUGGAUGAUUUGUAUUGCGUUCAUCUUGGUUGUACCAAUUUCUAGUCAGCUUUACUUACCUGUUUUUAUGAGGCUGCGUUUGACGUCUUGCUAUGAAUACCUGGAGGUACGAUUCUGCAAAUCUAUGAGGGUUUACGCAAGUGCUUUAUACAUGCUACAAAUGAUAUUGUACACCGCAGUGGCUGUGUAUGCUCCAGCCCUUGCUCUUUCCGAUGUUACUGGAUUGAACACGUAUUUAGCUGUGUCUCUGGUCUAUAUCGUAUGCAUAUUUUACGCGUCUCAAGGGGGUAUGAAAGCUGUUAUAAUGACAGAUUCCUUUCAAUCAGCCGUUCUAGUUGGCUCAUUAGCGACAAUACUAGCCUUAGGUGCUGAGCAGGUUGGAGGUUUAAGCGCUGUUUGGGAUCACGCAAGACGGUCUGAUAGGCUACACUUUUUCGAUAUGAAUCCCGAUCCGACUGUACGUCAUUCUUUCUGGUCAGUUGUUGUCGGAGGUACGAUGUAUUGGAUAAGCAUGUUUUGCGCGAAUCAGGCCUCAGUGCAAAAGUACUUAUCCGUUGAGCGGAUAUCACAAGCAAGAAUAGCUCUGUGGGUUUCGGCUAUCGGGUUAAUUGCUGUUUAUUCUGUCAACUUUAUAACUGGCGCUGUCCUAGCUGCACAUUAUGCUGGUUGCGAUCCAAUUCAAGCUGGUGUCAUAAGCGCAUCGGACAGAUUGCUUCCUUUAUAUGUGGUUCGUGAAUUUGGCAAAGAUCGUGGUGUACCAGGUUUUUUCGUAGCGGGAAUCUUUGCGGCAAGUCUUGGUACUGUUGCAUCGGCGUUAAAUUCACUAGCUGCGAUCGCUUGUCAAGACUUAGCUAACGGUCUAUUGGGUAUCACUUUACCUGAAGAUAAGGGAGCUGUGAUAGCUAAAUGGGUCUGCUUGGCGUGUGGUGCCGUUUCAUUCGGUUUGGUGUUUAUUGUGGAACGGCUAGGUCCCGUUUUACAACUCGCUUUAUCUUUCAACGGCAUGGCAGGAGGAGUAUCUCUUGGGCUUUUUAGUUUGGGAAUGUUAUUUCCUUGGGCUAACGCAAAAGGUGCAGUGGCUGGUGGCAUUUUUGGGUUGUUGGUGGUGGUAGCCGCGGGUGGCGGGGCCCAACUUGCGCAAGUCCCCUUACCGCGUCUGCCAACAUCCACGGAUUCUUGUCCUGACUACUAUAAUCUUACUAUUACAACGACAUCAAGUGAAAAUCAAGAUCAAGCUGUGUUUUGGUUGUUCAAAGUAUCCUACUUAUGGUAUUCAAGCCUCGGUUGCGUAGCAACGCUCUUGGCUGGAAUGGUUGUAUCAGUAAUCACUGGUGUAACGGAUCCUGCACAAGUGCCAAUUGAUCUGAUUUCACCGCCUGUUAUCUCUUUGUUAAAUUCGCUCCCCACGAAAAUAAAAAAAGCAUUGCGGAUACCGACGCGUAUGGGCUUAGAAAGGCGGCGAAGUUCGAGCGUGCGGCCUCCGAGUAUUGCUGAUGACAAGGACACGAGGCGACGGCGCCGACUUUCUGAGCUGGCCGGCGGGGUCUUUUAUAGUGAUGCCCAGAUCCUCACCCAAGGACACGACAACCUCGCUUUGGACACAGAUAAGCACCACAGCGGCGAUUACCACCGCACCAGUUUCAAGCUAGAAGCUUCGACAAGCCCGCAAUUCUCUCGAACAUCCACUUGUUGA